UCAGGGAGAGAUCUUUAAUUAAUCAAAUAAACUUUAAAAAACAUGACCCUUCAAGUUGCGAACGCCAGAUAACCGACAUAAUGCAUACAAUAUCUCAAAGCCAUUAAUGAAAGAUUAAUUGAAAAUGGUCAAACUAGAAAACGCAAUUUAUCUAGACUUUAAUUUUAUUUACUCUAGUGCCAUUAGUAAUGCAGCCAAUGGAUAAUUUGCGGAAUGUUGGAAGCAAGUCUAAAUAUUUUUCAAUAUGAACUUGAAAUAGAAAAUUCGCAAAUUCGGUGCCGCUCUUCCAGAUUCUCAUGAAAUGAGGCAACUUCUACACAGUGGGCACGCAGUUAUUGUCAAACUGUGAGUUUGUGUUUUCAUUUCGAGGUUUAAUCGUACGUUCGGUAGUUUUCGCUAUGGCAGAAGAAUCAGCACCAGUCGCCGCUCCAGCAGCAGCAGCUAGCCCGAAGAAGGGAAAGAAAGCGGCAGGUGGACCAAAGAAGCCGAAGUCCAAGCCAACGCAUCCCCCAACUUCUUCAAUGGUGAACGCUGCAAUUAAAUCGUUGAAAGAACGUGGAGGCUCGUCGCUCCCGGCCAUCAAAAAGUACUUGGCAUCCAACUACAAAGUCGAUGUCGACAAGUUGGCACCUUUCAUUAAGAAGUACCUGAAGGGCGCUGUUGCCUCCGGGAAAUUAGUGCAAACCAAGGGCACAGGUGCCUCUGGUUCAUUCAAACUUCCAGCUAAGGAAAAGAAAGAAAAGUCGGCGAAACCAAAGAAGGCAGCGGCAAAGAAACCUAAAGCUGCUGCGAAACCAAAGAAGGCGGGGGAGAAGAAAGCAGCGAAGCCCAAGAAGCCUGCAGCAGCUAAAAAGGCAGCAUCGGGCGCCGCGAAAGCAGCAAAGAAGUCCGGAAGUGUAAAAGCCAAGGCGCCAAAGGAGAAGAAACCGAAAGCUCCUAAAGUAGCGAAGAAGGCACCAAAACCAAAGGCGGCCGGAGCAGCAAAAAAAGCCGCUCCUAAGAAGGCAGCAGCCAAGAAGUAAAUUGGAAGUGGCGCAGGCCUAUGCAUCCAUAGCAUUUCCCUACAAAACCCAACAGUCCUUUUCAGGACUACCAACUAUUGUACAGAGAGUAAAAUUCCAUAUAGGUUUAGGAACCUAGUUUGCUGAGUGGUCCCGUCUUCUGCUUCCUUUUUUUUGAGCAGCACCGUGCCCUGAAGGGAGUGCAAUUGAAUUUGAAGAAGAAUUAAUGAGAAUAACUUUCUGCUGUGCUCUAGAGCUUCCAAAUGAGGCUUGUUUCUUUUGGAACCUAGUGUCGCGCUCGGUUUAUUGGUUUCGCCAUGAGACGAUCCAAUGGUUUCAUCGAUACUUUAUUGAAUGAGUGGUCCAUUGCGUUACUGAUAAACACGAGAAGGCCUAAGCUUUGGUCAAUGCACGCGACUCUAUUCGAUUGAUCAAAUUUGUUUCAUCCCCACUUCAGCUAAUUAAGUUAGGUGGUUCUGGUUUUCUGAGUACAGCAUGGUCCCAAUGCCUAUGCGGUGCCCAGAAGAAAGUGUAUUGAAAAUGCAACUUAAUAAUGGGAGCAUUUUGUAUCCCUAGAGCCUCUUAAGAAUGAAGAUGGAAACUGGAUUUCGUGAUUUGCAUAAAUGAGGUGGAACCUCUUUCACAUUCGACCGAUUGAAAAGCUUAAUAAAUAUAAUUAUACAAAGAGUGGGGCUUCAUAUACGUUUAGCUAGCGUCCUUAGUUUGCUGAGGGCUUCUGGCCUCUGCUUGCUUUUUCGAGUACAGCAGAAUGCAAAUGUCUGUGCAGUGCCCCUCGCUAGAGCCACUUCCAAAUGCGGCUGUUCCUUAUGGUACCUAGUGACGCGCUCGGGUUCAUUGAUAGCGCGUUGAGGCGACCCAGCGGUUUCGUCUAUAUUUUGUUCUAUUAGUGGCCCGUUCAGAUAUUGCGAUUACUGAAAAUCAUGACUGAUCGAUUAAGUUACAUUUGAUGCGGUGCCGAUGCCUCAGGCAGGCGCUGCGGGGCGAUCGACUCAGUUCGAUCAAAUUACUGUCGUCCCCACUUCUGUAGCCUAAUUAUUAAAUAGCUUCACGAACAUCCAUCUUCUAGAGAUUGGCUAAAUAAAAGUUUUCCUUACAGAAAUAUGACAUCCAAUCCUCACUCAUUUCCCAGAUACCACGCACCGCACAAAAUUUGCAGGAACUUCAGCUGCCACCAAAACCCGUUCAGAUUAGCACAUCAAUUUUCCUGUUGUAUGAGGCGGAACUCGUGGAAUUGCGCUUUAUUGUCCCCAUUUUCAGCAAGACUAAUUUACCGACGUUUUGUUAGUUCCUCCGUAUGUUUGGAUGUUUCGUGAUGGAGAGUCUUCCUAACUUUGACCAACUUUUAUGCUAGCAACACGUAACAGAGGUUUGUUGAGAGACCUGUGUGGAUCUCCCCGUGUUAUUUAGGAUACUAUAUUUCUGUAAGGAAAACUCAUUUAGCCAACUUCUACAAAGAUGUUAGUACAGCUACGCAAUGAGUGGCUGAAAUGGGGACGAAAAAAAUUCGAUGAGUCGAACCGAACCGACCGCCUGCAUCGAGCGUAGCUUAAGUUUUCUCGUGUUUAUUAGUGACGCAAUGGACCACUCAUGCAAUAAAAUAUCGACGAAACCAUUGGGUCGUCUCUCUUGUUCCAAAAGGAACAAGCCACAUUUGGAAGCUCUAAGACACACUCUCCUAAUUCUUCCUCAAAUUCAA